GCAACUACAGGUAUUCUAUUGUAAUCAAACUUUCCAGUUUCGACUCUUUUGAGUUUGAUUUAAUGUCUGUUGUUGUUUGUUGCAGACGGUGGAGAUAAAAGUGAAGAUGGACUGCGAGGGAUGCGAGAGGAGGGUGAAUAAAUCGGUGGAGGGCAUGAAAGGGGUGACGCAAGUGGAAGUGGACCCCAAGCAAAGCAAGCUCACGGUUGUCGGCUACGUGGAUCCCGACAAGGUCCUUGAGCGGGUCCGGUACCAGACGGGAAAGAAAGUUGAGUUCUGGCCUUACGUGCCUUACGAUGUGGUGCCUCACCCUUACGCACCGGGGGCUUACGACAAGAAGGCACCGGCGGGGUAUGUCCGGAAUGUGGUCCAAGAUCCGGAAGCUGGUCAGCUCGCCAGGGCCACCUCCUUUGAAGUCAAGUACACCACUGCUUUCAGUGAUGAGAACCCAAAUGCUUGUAUUAUCAUGUGA